AUGGAAAGAACCAUCUUCUUCAUGUUUCUUUGUAUCGCUGUUGAGGGAGACAUAGGAAAGCACAUUUUCGUCGAGAAGCAAGCAAAAUGGACUGAAGCUCAGGCUUACUGUCGACAACAUCACACUGAUCUUUCCUUUUUUAACAGUCAGAGUGAUAUAGACAAGCUACAAAACGAUGUAGGUGGAACGAUUCAUAAUGGAUGGAUCGGACUUCAGCGAGACCCCAACAACUACACUGCUUGGAUGUGGUCAGGAGGUGGACACGUUACAUACGAGAACUGGGGGAAUGGACAACCAAAUAAUCGUAAUGGCAACCAGGACCGAGCAAGCAUUAAAUCUAAUAGAAAAUGGAAUGAUCACAAAAGCGACAGGCUGAAAAAUUUUUACUGCAUCGAUGUGACUGUGGUGGAGGAGAGGAUGUCCUGGGAGGACGCUCUGAGUCACUGCAGGGAGAACCAAACUGAUCUCGCCAGUGUGAUCUCUGUGACCGACCUCCUUCUGGCCCAGACUGAGAUCAAGCACAACCACACUGAGCGGGUGUGGAUCGGCCUGCGUUUCCUGGGUGACCGCUGGAUGUGGAUGAACGGUGACCCUCUGGAAUAUGAGGUCUGGUCCCAAGCAGGAGAUCAGGACCACCAGUGUCCAAUCAGGAAACGCUGUGGAGCUUUGCCCAAAGAGGGACUGUGGGAGAACUGGGACUGUGAAGAUGAACUCAACUUCAUCUGCAUGUGA